GCUGCAGCCACGGAGCAGCAGGAUGAGUUAGAUCACCAGCUGUAGUAAGAUAAAGACCUAAAUGUGUAUUUUUUGGACAUUUUUUCAUCCCGAGUCUGAAAGAAGACAUGUUAUUGGAGACAAAUAGCCCCGGUGGUCUGUGUCUUUCUAUCGGGUGAUUUCAUGGUUCACUUCGGUAUCUUCGGGCUUUUCUUCACCUUUACACUCAGGACGGUCUUAGUGCCUUUAGGCACGGCAGGAGAGGCGGACGGUCUACAGACGGACGGUAAAGAUCGGCCUCGGGUCGUUGGGGCAUCUCAGCCAAUCGUGGCAGCUCAGGGUGAUGAUGUCAUCCUGCCGUGUCACGUGGAGCCUCAGCUGGACGUGGAGGAGAUGAAGGUGGACUGGUUUAGACCGGAUGUCCCGCCGGACCCUGCAGAUCCACAGAGCAACUACCGGUACGUCCACCGUUACCAUGACAAACACCACGAGGAGGACAUGAAGAACCCGUCCUACGCUGGGAGGACGGAGAUGUUCCCCGACGGCCUGAAACACGGGAACAUCUCUCUGAAGAUCAGGGACGUGAGGCGGUCUGACCGAGGACUAUACAGCUGCCAAGUCCCACAUCUGGGGAGUGCUGCAGUUAUUACGCUUAAUGUUGAACCACGCUACGUUGAAACGACGGAGAAGCCGCGGCCUCCCAGUAAUCCCUCAACUCCAGGUCCAAACCCCGAGACCGGCGAAGGUGGUCGUCGCCACCUGAGGGUACCGGUCCUGUUUGCCUACUUUGUAGUGAUCCUGGAUGCCUGCGUCAUACUGAUCCUGGUUGCCUGCAUCACAGUGAUCAUGGGUAGAGGUUUAUAUUAAUUUAUCAGAGGUGUCAGAACCAGAACACAACCACAACCAAUGGAUCCUAACCAUUGGUUGUGGUUGUGUUCUGGUUCUGGUUCAGGUCGUAGUUUAGGUGUGUGACUGUUGUUUCAAAACAACAAAGGCGGAUGUAAUAGACUAACAAUAACGUUGAGUGUGAAAUCCCAGUCCUGGCUGUGUCCAGCACGUUGAUUUCUCACUGAUGUACUGAUUGCUAAACCUUUGGUAUGAUUGACAGGUCGACACGUAGCCUUCAUCUUUUAAGAUAAAUGGAACCAUAAUUUACAUAAUGAACGUCAUGCCGUAUUGUAGAAGACUUGAAAGUCCAACUCAUUAUGAUAUUAAUAUAGACCGUUUUUGGAGCUGGUGACGUCGCCCCCUGCUGGAAAUAAGAUAGAAUUAAGCUUUAAGACACUUUGGCAUCGAAAGUUGCUGCAGGCUGCUUCACCUGUAAAACACCAACGCACUGAACAACCUGCAGGCAUUAUAAUCAGUAUUUUAGCAUUAUAAUCAGUACUUUACUGGAUAUUGCACUUUUGUCCCCUAGCCAGCAGGCUAAUGCUAAUUAGCCGUUAAUGCACAAAAAAUAAGUUUGUCCACAUAGUGUCUGCCUAGCUCAAAUUACUCUCCUUUCUAAAUGAAUAUAUAGUUGUUUCAGAUUUUUCACAGUUGUGACAUUAACCAUAAAGCAUUUUUUAAACAGAAAAUCAGCUGGUUUUAUUGCGUGAUUGUCUAAUUUAGUGACUUGAUCCAAUAAGUGCAUUACACCAUGAACUCAGGAAUCACUUAGAAGAACUUUAGCUUUAAAUGAGCCAAACUACAAAGUGCCAAACAUUUAAUAACCAUCAUCUUCUCAGCCAGAGUCAGAAGAUAUGUGGUUUUAGGUAGAUGUGUGGACUAGCUGCUGUCCUGACGUCAACGGGGAGCUUGUUCCCCAUAAAGAGCCAAGAUGAUCAAACUAAUGCACUUUAUAAAUGAUUACACAUUUAGUUUUAUUGUCUUCACAGCUGUUAAAACUGACAGAAAAGCACUUUUUAGAACACUGACACUUGACAACACUGACUUUAUUUCUCAAUGCUCAAAUUAUAUUUUUAUUCUACAUUAUAAUUUAGGACAAUUUGACACAAAUAUACUGUAAGAAAUCGCCAUGGAUCAUGUUAAAUGGGGGAUCACUGAAACCAUCGGUA